AAGACCACACAAGAAAUGGAACCAGAAACUUCUGAGAAGGUAGAUUUUGCACAUCAGAAAAUGAGAACAAAGUCAUUGUCCAGUGUUGAUCAUCAAAAAAGUGAUAAGACAAAGGAAGGAAAAGAAAAUAAUAAUUUAGAAGGAGAAGAAGAACUCAUGCAAGCAUACCAGCUCCAGGUAGCUGAAGAAAUGGCAAAGGAAAUUAAGAAGAAAAUAAGGAAGAAACUGAAAGAACAGUUAACUUACUUUCCCUCAGAUACUUUAUUGCAUGAUGACAAAUUGAGCAGUGAAAAAAAGAAAAAGAAGAAAAAGAGAGUUCCAGCCAUGUCUAAAGCUGAAACAAGCACAUUGAACAUCUCUGAUGACACAGUUGAAGAUGAACAAAAGAAGUACUCGCCAGUUGGAAACAUUACUUCAGAUUCUCAUCAAGAUGAUGAAAUAAGCUCAGUGGAACAAAAUGCAGAUGAUAAUAUGCCAGAUAACACAAAAUCCAAACCAAAAAAGACAAAAAAGAAGACUAAAGCAGUUUCAGAUGAUAAUGAAGACAUUGAUGGUGAUGGUGUUCAUGAAAUAACAAGCCGUGAUAGUCCAGUUUAUCCCAAAUGCUUGCUUGAUGAUGACCUUGUCUUGGGAGUUUACAUUCACCGAACUGAUCGACUUAAAUCAGAUUUUAUGAUUUCUCACCCAAUGGUAAAAAUUCAUGUGGUUGACGAGAACACUGGUCAAUAUGUCAAGAAAGACGAUAGUGAACGACCCGUGUCAUCUUACUAUGAAAAAGAGAAUGUGGAUUAUAUUCUUCCUAUUAUGACUCAGCCUUAUGAUUUUAAACAGUUAAAAUCAAGACUUCCAGAAUGGGAAGAACAAAUUAUAUUUAAUGAAAAUUUUCCCUCUUUGCUUCGAGAGUUUGAUGAGAGUCCUAAAGUCAUCUUGUUCUUUGAGAUUGUUGAUUUUUUAAGCAUGGAUGAAAUUAAGAAUAACUCUGAGGUUCAAAACCAAGAAUGUGGCUUUCGGAAAAUUGCCUGGGCAUUUCUUAAGCUACUGGGAGCCAAUGGAAAUGCAAAUAUCAAUUCAAAACUUCGCUUGCAACUGUACUACCCACCUACUAAACCUCGAUCCCAAUUAAAUGUUGUUGAGGUUUUUGAAUGGUGGUCCAAAUGUCCAAGAAAUCGUUAUCCUUCAACAUUGUAUGUAACUGUUCGAGGAUUGAAAGUUCCAGACUGUAUAAAACCAUCUUACCGCUCUAUGAUGGCACUUCAGGAGGAAAAAGGUAAACCAGUGUAUUGUGAACGCCACCGUGAAUCAAGUUCAGUCGACACAGAACCUGGAUUAGAAGAUUCAAAGGAAGUAGUAAAAUGGAAACGACUUCCUGGGCAGGCUUGCCGUAUCCCAAACAAGCACCUCUUCUCACUGAAUGCAGGAGAGCGAGGAUGUUUUUGUCUUGAUUUCUCCCACAAUGGAAGAAUAUUAGCAGCAGCCUGUGCCAGCCGGGAUGGAUAUCCAAUUAUAUUAUAUGAAAUUCCUUCUGGACGUUUCAUGAGAGAAUUGUGUGGCCACCUCAAUAUCAUUUAUGACCUUUGCUGGUCAACAGAUGAUCGAUAUAUUCUUACUUCAUCAUCUGAUGGCACUGCCAGGAUAUGGAAAAAUGAAAUAAACAAUACAAAUACUUUCAGAGUUUUACCUCAUCCUUCUUUUGUUUACACGGCUAAAUUUCAUCCAGCUGUAAGAGAGCUGGUGGUGACAGGUUGCUAUGAUUCUAUGAUACGGAUAUGGAAAGUUGAUAUGAGAGAAGAUUCUGCCAUAUUGGUUAGACAAUUUGAUGCUCACAAGAGUUUUAUCAACUCUCUCUGUUUUGAUGCUGAAGGCCAUCACAUGUAUUCAGGAGACUGCACAGGGGUGAUUGUUGUUUGGAAUACUUACGUCAAAGUUAAUGAUUUGCAACAUUCAGUGCGCCACUGGACUAUAGAUAAGGAAAUUAAGGAAACUGAAUUUAAGGGGAUUCCAAUAAGUUAUUUGGAGGUUCAUCCCAAUGGAAAACGUUUAUUAAUUCAUACCAAAGACAGCACUUUGAGAAUUAUGGAUCUCCGAAUAUUAGCAGCAAGGAAAUUUGUCGGUGCAGCAAAUUACCGGGAAAAGCUUCACAGUACUUUAACACCAUGUGGGACUUUUCUCUUUGCUGGAAGUGAAGAUGGCAUAGUAUAUGUUUGGAACCCUGAAACAGGAGAACAAGUAGCAAUGUAUUCUGAUCUGCCAUUCAAGUCACCUAUUCGAGACAUUUCUUACCAUCCAUUUGAAAAUAUGGUUGCAUUUUGUGCAUUUGGGCAGAAUGAGCCCCUUCUUCUUUACAUUUACGAUUUCCAUGUAGCGCAGCAGGAGGCUGAAAUGUUCAAACGCUACAAUGGAACAUUUCCAUUACCUGGAAUACACCAAAGCCAAGAUGCUUUAUGUACCUGUCCUAAACUGCCUCAUCAAGGCUCUUUUCAAAUUGAUGAAUUUGUCCACACUGAAAAUUCUUCAACAAAGAUGCAGAUAGUGAAGCAGAGACUUGAAACUGUCACAGAGGUGAUACGAUCCUGUGCUGCAAAAGUCAACAAAAAUCUCUCAUUUACUUCACCACCACCAGCCUCCUCACAACAGUCUAAGUUAAAACAGUCAAACAUGCUGUCCGCUCAUGAGAUUCUACAUCAGUUUGGUUUCACUCAAACCGGGAUUAUCAGCAUAGAAAGAAGGCCUUGUAACCAUCAAGUAGAUUCACCUCCAACGGUAGUGGCUCUUUAUGACUAUACAGCGAGCCGAUCAGAUGAACUAACCAUCCAUCGCGGAGACAUUAUCCGAGUGUUUUUCAAAGAUAAUGAAGACUGGUGGUAUGGCAGCGUAGGAAAGGGACAGGAAGGUUAUUUUCCAGCUAAUCAUGUGGCUAGUGAAACACUAUAUCAAGAACUGCCUCCAGAGAUAAAGGAGCGCUCCCCUCCUUUAACCCCCAAGGAAAAAACCAAAACAGAAAAGCUUUCAGCUCCUCAAAAGCAGUCAGUCAGUAAGGACAAGUCCCAGGAUUUCAGACUUGGCUCACAAUCAGUGACACAUUCUGAAAUGGGCAAAGAACAAAGCCGUGAGGACCGAGGACACAAAACAGACUUGCAGGUGAAGAAGAAUGAGCAAACAAGCCGAAAAGUCACCCUAAUAGAGUAAAGAGAUGAAGAAGAAUGAAGACACAACUAAAUACACAGAAAUGAAAUGACAAAUUAAAUCAAGUGGAAUUCUUCUUUAGAGAUCAGAUUUUCAGAUAAAAGGGAAGAAAGGAAGAAUACACUACUUCUUAUCCUUAUGAAAAAUCAGAAGAGAGGUGGGUGGAGAAAUCAAUGUGGUCUUUGAGCUUAAUUGUUACAAACUAUUGUUGUAAUUGUUGUUGGUCAAAGUAUUAGUACUUGUAUUAUCAGUAACUACAUCAAAAUUGCAUUACCACUGUUGGAAAACCAAUAAAGAAAAAAAUGUAAUUGCUAUGCAGCAAACGUGAAUAAAAAGUGUUUGCAUUGUUAGAAUAUCCA